UGGCUGGUUGUGUCUGUUAACACUAGCUAAUCGUUUUCACAAUUUUUGUUGUCCGCCGUCGCUCGUCGUUCCUGUGCGCUGUGGUGGGACAAUAUCGGCGACACAGGUGAUCGAUUGGAUAAUAGAAGCGUCUAAUCGGUAAAUCGUAGUGGAGUAAAAAGUUACCCGUGUUGCUUGAAGGAAACUGCCACACCAUCGUCGACCCAGAGGUGGUGGGAGAGAAGGCUUUACUUUCUGUGCCGUUGAAUGGAACAUACGAUUCCGUUCGUCGUAUCGACACCGCUCCGUGUAAAUGCGUACCUUGUUAUCAUUAUCGGCCCCGUGUUGGUGAAUUUUGAGAGCAGGAUUAGUUAGCUCGGUGCAUAAUCAGUAAAUUGGUACCGACGGUAUCUGUAGCACAUACCGUUUGAUCUCUUGUGUCUCAUCCACGUAUGUGUGUGUGUGUGUGUGUGUUUGGUAUUUGGUAACAAAAACAAAGUCCAUUUCUGAGCUUGUUGAAGACUCGAUCAAGAAGACGUCCGCGGUCGUGGACGACAUCUUUAGUGCUUCAGUUGUGCAAAGCCCUGCGGUAGAGAGGGUCAUUACGUGCGGCCAGUGAUACACUUUCGGCGCAGACACGAACGAAGGCAAUGUCUGAAGUGAUGCCAGGCACUGCGAAACCAGCUGGAGGCACAACUCCUAUCGCGCCCAGUGCCACCGGACCAGCAGGGUUAGUAAGCGGGGUGGCUGCUGUGGCUGCUGCCGCCGUCGUUGCCAGUGGCGCAGCCACGACGAACAGCACCAAUCCCAAUGGGUCUGCGGCCGCAGCAUCCCAGACGGAGCCGGACAUGAAGGGUUGGUUGCUAAAGUGGACCAACUACUUGAAAGGCUACCAAAAACGAUGGUUCGUCCUAUCGAAAGGUGUACUGUCCUAUUACAGGGCUGAACACGGAGCCGGAUCGUAUGCUGGGGGCAGGAGUGCCGGGGGUAAAUUAUCUAUAAGACGCCGCAGGAAAGGCCCCCGACCCGAGAGCAAAGGAACCAUGAUGCAAUGCUUAAGAGCCCCACGUUCUCCAACUAGAUUGGUACCUCCCUCCCUGCCAGACUCGAAUAGCAAUAGCAAUGUGCCGAUGAAGAAGCAUAGCAAAAAGCUGAAAAAAAACCAGGCGGAAAUGGCGCACACAUGCCGCGGGACGAUUUCCCUGCACGGGGCCCUCAUCCACACGGUGGACUCCUGCACGUUUGUCAUCUCGAACGGGGGCACCCAGACAUUCCACAUCAAGGCCGCCAACGAGGUCGAACGUCAGUCCUGGGUGACCGCGCUGGAGCUGGCCAAAGCGAAAGCAAUACGUGCGAUGGAAAGCGACGAGGAGGAGGAGGAUACGGCAGCCAACACGAUACCCAGCGAGGAGCUGAAUUUGGUCGUGCGCGAGCUGACGGUUAGGUUAGAAAAUUUGAAAACAUGCUACGACCUUAUCACCAAACACGGCACCGCCCUGCAGCGGGCGCUCUCGGAGUUAGAGACGGGCGACGAUCUGGCGAACAAGACGAAAAUCGUCAGCGAACGGGCAACGCUUUUUAGAAUAUCCUCCAACGCCAUGAUCAAUGCCUGUUCGGAUUAUUUACAAACGGCGCAGACGCAGGGUCACAAGUGGUCCAAGAUGUUGCAACACGAGCGUGACCAAAAGCUUCACCUGGAAGAAAUGGUCGAACAGUUAGCUAGACAACAUUCUCACCUGGAGCAGGCUGCCAACCGACACAGGCCUAACGCUGCCACUUCUGCCUCGGACGACGAAGAUAAUGAGUUCUACGAUGCACAAGAGGAAGGAGGCUCUGUCGCAUCGCAAGAAGAAAGCUCUUUCAUACUGAACAUACCGGUCACGACGCACCACAACCACCGGCGGAACUCUAACGACGCCACCGGGAGCUCGUCCGAAGGAGAGGAAGGCAACAGUGAAACACAGCAAGUAUUAGUAGUUGCCGAGGAUUUGGGCAACAUGGAUGUAACCGACAGGAUAUCGGUCAAUAGUAGCCAAGCGCUAACACCAACACUAUCGAAUCAAUCCAGGGUCGCCCGAAAAAGGCGGACACGGGUUCCCGAAAAACCCAACUACCCGUUGAAUCUGUGGUCGAUCAUAAAGAACUGCAUUGGCAAGGAUCUUUCCAAGAUUCCAAUGCCGGUCAACUUUAACGAGCCUCUUUCGAUGCUACAAAGAUUGACGGAAGAUUUUGAGUACUCGGAGAUUCUGGAUAGAGCUGCUCAAGCGAAGGAUACAUGCGAGCAACUUGCUUAUGUGACAGCAUUUACCGUAUCCAGCUAUUCAACCACGAGUAAUCGCACCGGGAAACCAUUCAACCCAUUGUUAGGGGAAACAUACGAAUGUGAUCGAACCGACGAUCUCGGCUGGAGGUGUAUCAAUGAGCAGGUUUCUCAUCAUCCUCCAAUGGCCGCACAAUACUGCGAGGGCCGCGGUUGGCGGUGCUGGCAAGAGUUCUCUAUGACGUCCAAGUUCCGCGGCAAGUACAUCCAGAUCGUGCCGCUCGGGUACGCACAUGUCGAAUUCCCCGCCACCGGCAACAAGUACACCUGGCGCAAGGUGACUACGACCGUACACAACAUAAUCGUGGGCAAGCUCUGGGUGGACAACCACGGCGAUAUGGAGAUCUUCGGGGAAAAUAACGCCAAAGGUGUAAAGUGUCAUCUGAAGUACUUGCCGUAUUCCUACUUCACGCGCGACACACAGCGACGGGUGAAAGGUGUCGUGAUGGACAGCGUAAACCAGGUGAAGUGGGUAAUCAACGGUACGUGGGACAGUAAGAUCGAAAUUGCCCCGGUAACGUCGACGAGCGGCUCCACGGAAAAUCCGGUUUACAAGACGGGCAACUACAAGACGGCCUGGACGCGCCGCAUGCCACCACCCGACAGCGACAAGUACUACAACUUUACCCUGCUCGCCUGUCAGCUGAACGAACCGGAAUCGAACGUUGCGCCGACCGAUUCCCGGCUGCGACCUGACCAACGGCUGAUGGAGGAUGGCAAAUGGAAUGAGAGUAACCAGGAGAAACUACGCUUAGAGGAAAAUCAAAGGGCCCGUCGCCGGCAGCGUGAAGCGGAAGCGGAACAAGCCGCCACCGAAGGACGCCCCUAUCCGCCCUACGAACCGAUAUGGUUCAGCAAAGAAAAGGAAGAAGGAACCGACAAUCUGGUGCAUGUCUUCAAGGGAUCCUACUGGGAUGCGAAAGCGAAACAGGAUUGGUCGAAGAGCCCAAACAUUUUCUAAACGUCAGACCGCUAUGUUAAGGAGGAAAAAAGUAACAGCCUGCAACAUUUUGCAAGUCUAAACCGGUUCCUAUGCAGAGGAGAUGAGUUCGGCCGCCCGUCCGCUAGCCUUUCUUUUUCUAGUAGAGAGCUCGGGGUUGUUGUUUUCAAUGUUCUUGUUUGAAGCCAAUUUCGAUUGCUGUUAAUUCCUUCCAACUAGGUGAAUUCCAGUCUUUGAACAAAUAAUGAGCUAGGUGAACAGGACGAAAACUGUGGCGGACAUUUGAAGGAAAGUAGACUAACAAAUACAAUAUUCUACAAACACGUUCGAAUAUUA